AUGCCUUUCGCACAACUGGUCAUUGGCCCUCCAGGGGCUGGCAAGUCCACCUACUGCAAUGGAAUGCAUCAGUUCCUCGGCGCGAUCGGCCGGAAGUGCUCGAUUGUGAAUCUCGACCCCGCCAAUGACAGAACCUCGUAUCCGUGUGCGCUGGACGUGCGCGAUCUGGUCACGCUGGAGGAAAUCAUGGAUGAACAUAAACUGGGACCUAAUGGAGCGACGCUAUAUGCGCUGGAGGAUCUGGAAGAGAACUAUGAGUGGUUGGCAGAGGGACUCAAACAGCUUGGAGACGACUAUGUGAUCUUCGACUGUCCCGGUCAGGUUGAGCUGUUUACGCAUCACGCCUCAUUACGAAAUAUUUUCUUCCAGAUUUCAAAAAUGGGCUACCGACUGAUCGUCAUCCACCUGAUUGACUCCUACGCCCUCACUCUCCCAUCAAUGUACAUCUCCGCCCUCCUUCUAUCCCUCCGUGCCAUGUUACAGCUCGAUCUCCCCCACUUGAAUGUCUUGACGAAAAUCGACAACCUCUCCAACUAUACCAACCUCCCCUUCAAUCUCGACUUUUACACCGAAGUUCAAGACCUCAACUACCUCCUCCCCCAUCUUGAGGCUGAAUCCUCACGCUUGACAAAUUCCAAAUUUGGCGCUCUGAAUAAUGCAAUUAUCGAUUUGGUCGAAGAGUUUGGCCUCGUGGCGUUUGAAACACUGGCCGUUGAAGAUAAGAAAAGUAUGAUGAAUCUCCUGAAAGCGAUCGACCGAGCGAGCGGAUAUGCAUUUGGGCCCGCCGAGGGUGCCAAUGAUACGGUUUGGUCGGUAGCUGUGCGGGAGGGCCUCGGGGGGAUGGACGUGCGAGAUGUGCAGGAGCGAUGGUUGGAUGCAAAGGACGAGUACGAUGCUCAAGAGCGCGCAGAGUUGGAAGAAACGGCCCGACAAGAAGAGGAGGCGCGGAGGGCUGCCAUGAACGCGCAAAUGGAUGGUCAGGCGGAGACCAAAGACGGAGAUGAUUUCGAUGAUGAUCUGGCGAGUUGGAAGGCGCCUGUGCCAAAUAGUGGAAUUACCGUGCGGCGCAAACAGACGUAG